UGCCCCAAGGUGUCUAUAAAACAGGUGGCCUCCUCUCGGGUCGCUCUCCUUUAUUGGUGUUAUUGCAGAGUCCCGUGCUAUGGCAACCACAGGAGCUGCACCCUCUGGAGCUGGAUGGGGAGGAGGGAUGGAGGGACCAGCCCUGCUGCACCAGCGCCCUGCCAGCGCGGGUGUUUAUCCAGCCCUGCCGUGACUCACGGGGGCCAUGCUCCACCAAAGCCACCUCCAGCAGCCUCCCCAUGAAUCACAGCAGCCUGAGAGGACUUGCAGCAAUUCCUGGGCCACCAGAAGGAUGAUCUCAUCGCCUGCUGAGUGGAAUAAGGAUAAAGUCACGUGGAACUCUGCUCCCGGAGCCAGGAACAUGGCAUCCCAGCAAAGAGCAUUCAGGCCUGAUGCUGAAGUGUCACAGAAAAGCCUUGUGAAAAUCUCAGCUAAGGAUAAAUGUGGUGGUUCUCAGCAGCAGGCAACUUUUCCACAGGGCUGCCAGCUGUUCCUGACACCAGGCUGGCAUGAUUUGUGCCAGCAGCACCAGCAGCUCAUCCCCAAGAGGAAGCCACCAUCCUGAAAACACGCAGUGCCCUGAAGUCUGUUACAACAAGUGGGCUGAUGUAGCCUGUGCCCACUUGGAGUCAGGCUCCUGAUGAGGUAUCAGCAGUGACAAGGCUUUUUGGAAAGCCUCCACCUGAGAGGAAUCAUCCAUGCCCCCACGGGUUUAAAAACUAUCUCCCGGAACUUCUAAAAACUCGAAAAAAUCCUCCCAGUGCUCUGGAUUUAAGUUCCCUUAUGUGAGAGUGCACCAAUGAAAGCAAACAGAUGCAUCCCUGCCUACAGGAGGUAAGGCAAGAAACAGGCAGAGCCCAGCAACACACAGUGCCCUGCCCCAGCUCCUGCAUGGCACUGGUGCUUCCCUGGGACUGGAUCCCCAUCACAGCAUUUCUGAGAGCCUGCCCCUUGCUCUCAAAGUCCACAGAGCACUUGCAGAUGGGUCUCUCUCACCUU